GAGACAUCUCACGCUUUUAAUGUGGAUUGUAGUCGUAUUCUUCUAGAAAAACCGAAGCUAUUGCUACGAUACGAGGCGUAUCUUCUUAGGCGCGCAUAAUUAGCCUAGGCCCCAAUGAGUACCGGGUAAAUGAAGCCAAGUGAUCUCCCAAACUCGUAUUCCGACCUAGUCGUCAAGGGUACUUACAGGCGUAGACUGCGUUCUUAUAUAAAUAGGAGCUCAGCACGUCGCAAGACAUUUACUCUUCUUGGUAUUACUUUACCUUUAAACAUAAGUCUUGGAAAGACCGAGCGAGUUCGAAAUGGCUAGCAUUACACGGCUGCUGCGCGUUGCCGCGCAGGGGCUGCUAUGGCACGCGACGAUUACAUCCGCCUCCCAACCACAACCACGAGCCGACGUCUCCGCCUGCAAGCUCGCCGCGAACUCGGACGUCUAUCUCAGCGCCGGCUUCGGAUACGAGUUCAACUGCGCGCCCAGCACGGGCACGCUGCGCGCCUUCAUGCUGUUCAUCGACUUCAGCGACCAGCAAGCCGACGAGACGGCGCAAAGCCUGCACGACUUCUUCCUGCCCGCCGCGGCAGACUGGUUCGCGACGGCGUCGUACGGGGCGCUGUCGCUGAACGUCACCGCCGACACGUCGGGGGGCUUCCACCGGAUGCCGGACACGGCGGUGUCGUACGGGUUCGCGCGCGGGCUGACGUUCGAGGCGCACCAGAAGUACAUCCAGGACGCGCUGCUGGCGUACGGGGCCACGAUCCCGCCGACCGACGUGCUGUACGUGAUCCCGACGGCCAACGCGGCCGACAUCGCGUUCUCGCCGACGUUCAACAGCAACGUCACGACGCACGACGGCGUCUUCGUCGCCAAGAAGGCCGUCACCAUCGGCGUGGACGCGUUCAUGGACUGGGGGUACCUCACGCUCAACCACGAGACGGGCCACACGAUGUGCAUGCCCGACUACUACCCGCUGGACGGCGGCCCGACGGGGCAGUACAUCGGGGGCUGGGACCUGAUGGGGCUGAUUAGCGGGCCGAGCCCGGAUUUCUUCGCGUGGGAUAAGUGGCGGUUGGGGUGGUUGAAGGACGAGCAGGUCGAGUGCGUGGCUGCGAAGGGCUCGACCACGCAUACGCUGACGCCGCUGGAGAAGGCUGGAGGGGCUAAGGCAGUGGUGGUCAAGCAUAGCAGCACCAACGCGCUGGUGGCCGAGUAUCGUACGGCGAACGCUCUGGACGCGGCAUCGUGUGCCACGGGGGUCCUCCUCUACGUGGUAUCGACGACGGUUGCUACGGGUGAAGGCCCGGUGCGGGUGUUAGACGUCACACCGGAUUCGGGAGGCUGUGCGGAUGAUGAACUAAAUGAUGCGCCAUUGAGUCUGAAGGGGACGGAUACUUUUACGUUCGCAGAUUGGGGUGUUACUGUUACGAUCUUGGAAGAGUCUGCCGAUGAGGCCAAGAUCAAAGUGGAUGUGUUGUGAGUUAUACAUAGCCUAGGU